UCCCAUCGCCACUCGCCACGCGCUCUGCGGGCGUUAGAAACACCCCCUCCGACGGCGACGUUGUGGUACGCGUACGUAGAAACACCCUCGGAGCGUAGCACCGAACCGACGCCUUCAGCCGACUCACCGAGUCGAAUCUGUUUAUUUGGGUCGAGAGCGACCCAGGAUCGCCGACCAAUUACUAUCCCGUCUGAGGUGUUACGAGAAAGCCUUCCCACGAGAGGGGCGAUCACUCGCCGCGCGCGCGCGAGGGAGAGAGAGAGAGAGAGAAAGAGGGAGAGAGGAGGUCUGGAAACCGAGGCGGCACGACUCCCGCAAUAUCAUGACGCUUUAACGGAACAUGACUUCUGUCCUCCCCGCCCCGACCAGAGACGCCAGCCCAUCCGUACUUCUCGUGCGAUCAGCCUCAAUCGCCACUAUGGCGCAGGAACCGACGCCGCCGCGUAAUGUGAAGCAGGAGGAGGACCCACAGCGUGGCCGUCGCCGGAGCCGCUCCCUAGACAAGGAUAUGAUGGAUGGAAAUGACAGUGACCCGGCCGGCGAAGGUGACACCAAGAACGACAAUUCGUCCAACUCAGACGGGCCGGUGAGAAAGCGGAGGCGGAGUCGCAAAGGCUUGGACAAGAAGUUCGAGUGCCCGACCGAGGGGUGUGGCAAGAGUUACUCGAGGGCCGAGCAUCUAUACCGGCACCAGCUGAACCACUCUCCGAAACAAAUCUACCGAUGCGACUUUCAGGAUUGCAAGCGCCAGUUCGUCCGACUCGACCUGUGCAACCGUCAUAAGGAUCGCCAUACUGCGAAGGGGUCUGCGCUGAACCGAAAAGACUCCCUCAUCAGCCAGACUUCUCCCGUCGACAACGUAAGAGCUCCGUACCCUACGCCUGCUGCCGUCUCCCCCGACUCCGACAGGCUCGGGCCAGGUUAUACUCAAGGACGCGGAGCUCACUUUGAAUAUCAGUCACCAAAAGACCCUAUGGCCACCCCGUACACGCCGGUAGCCAGCACGCCUCCGACGGGGUUUCCCCAUACUGGACCUUCAAACGGAGUGGACGGCUAUGUACACCACGAACCCGGCUAUCCCGGUCCUCACGGCACCCGGCAUCCGCACCACUCCCCUACGGGUCCUCCGCGGCCGACUGUCCAAACCAACGUCAGCGGCCCUUACGGCGUCAUAUCGCCAGUAUCCACGCAACACGGCAGUUACCACAACCCCCUUACGAGUACGCCCCAGUCAGCCACGGCGAUGCCCUACGUCACCCAGCAGAACUUGACGCCUUUCACCUUGCCGCCAUCUGAUUUCCCGACCACGACAGCUGCUAGCAUCCCGAGGGAUUCCGGGCAAGGCUAUCCGCACACGGCCUCUAGCGACUAUAACGAACACGCGCAAGCCCAGUUGAACGGCGAAAUGAUGCUGCUCGACCAGAUGACAACUCAAACUACGAUCCCGGUAUUCGGCAGCGAUGGCGUUCUGAGUAAGUCUCCGUACGUCGCGAUUCCGGAGGAUUUCUUCGCGUAUCUCUUCAACACAAACGGGCCUGACGGUUCACCUCAACUGGGCCACAUGAUGCCGCAAAACCAGUAUGCCAAUUACGCAGAGCAUCAAUAUAGCAUGCCGUAUUACGGGACGGACAGUGCGUCUCUGGGCUAUUUCCCGCCCUCUAAUCAGCCGCAGCAGGUCAUGGCCGUGACAAACCUUCUCGAUCCCAACCUUCCCGAGUCUCUGCUGUCGGAAGAGAAGAGCCAGGAGAUCUUCGACUUCGUUAAGGAACGGUUUCACGAGAACGACCAUGCGCCGGUCGAGCGCCAAAGAGAGAGCAUCCUGGAUGGGGAUAGAAGCGACGAAAAUCACAUGCUAAGCCGCAAGAUGAUGCAACAGUACAUAGGAUCCUACUGGGUCCACUUUAGCGACCAGAUCCCCAUUCUCCAUAAACCGACCUUCUCCCCGGAUCGGACGCCGAAUCUGUUACUGAUAGCCGUCAUGGCGAUCGGCGCCGCCUGCUUAGACCGGACCCACGGGCCGAAGGUCAUCAGGGCAGGGUCCCAGCUCUCCAACUUCUUCGCAUGGCAUUUGCGAUGGGAGGUAUUCAUGGACGUGAAUUUCCGACCGCCCGCGAAACUCUGGAUCUUCCAGACCCUGAUACUAUUAGAGCUUUACGAGAAGAUGUACUCGACGAGGGAGCUUCACGAGCGAGCCCACAUCCACCAUGCGACAACGAUCACGCUCAUGCGGAGAGGGAGGUCGCUGAUUGGGAAGUCCGCCCUCGACUCGCCGCCUAAUCCGCGUGACGAGAAGCAAGGCGCGAGCGGUUCCCGGCAUUCCUCUACGUCGGGGCUUGCGCAUACGCCAGACGAGUGGUGGAACCACUGGAUCACGAACGAGACCACUCGGCGCGCUGCAUUCGCCGCAUUCCUCAUCGACUCUAUCCACGCUACAAUGUUCGGCCAUUCGACGGUGAUGGUAGCGCACGAGAUGCGCCUGCCCCUGCCGUGCGAUGACCGACUCUGGAAGGCCACCAGCGGCGCCGAAGUGGGGAGGAUCGAAGCCAAUCUCAUAUCCAACGGAGUCAAACCCAUCUCGUUUCUCGAAGGGCUGAAGCGGACGCUGGCGGGACAGGAGGUUCAGACGAACCCCUUUGGUCGCCAAAUCCUCAUGGCGGGGCUGUUAAGUGUCAGCUGGCACAUGAACCAACGCGAUCUCCAAGUAAGCUCGCUUGGUGGGGGUGUGCAGCAGGCUCUCGGCGGUCGCGACAAGUGGCGGUCGACGCUUACCAAAGCGUUCGACUCGUGGAAGACCGACUUCGACAAGUCGUUGCAGCGCGCCGACACGGUGGUCGACCCGUACAGCUACGAGAAGCGGAGCGAGGCUAACGUGGUUUUCGAAAGUCGGACCGUGCUGCACCACCUGGCGCACAUGGCGAUGCACGUGGAUAUCGUCGACUGUCAAAUCUUCGCUCGCGCGAAACGGCUGCUCGGCAGGGCGAUCGGCACCCAGGACCUGACCAGCGCGCAGCGAAGGAUGAAAGACCUCUGGGCGCCUUCGGCGAAGGCUCGCGAUGCCACCUUUUACGCCGCGAAAUUUCUGUGCUCCGUGCUACUUCCCCCGAAUUCGGCCCCGCGGUCGGACGGGUACAGCCAUCACCAGUCGGCCGUGGUCACAUAUCUGGCCAGAGACGACGUGCUGCUGAAUCGGCCGUGGGUGCUGUAUUUUGCCGCGUUAGUGGUAUGGUGCUACGGCUUCGCGCUGGAGGGACCGUGCCCCGGAGUCCCCAUCCCCACCACGCCGCAGGAGAAGAUGAGCCAGAUGCGGGAGUAUCUGCUAAGAGUUGGCUCGGUGGGAUCGCCAGAAGACCUCAAGGGCAUGAGGGGGGUUAACAACAACAGCGCCCUGCUCGUCGUCCUAAAAGACUCGUUCGAAUCGACACGGUGGGAGCUGCUCCACGAAGGUGCGACGUUGCUGAGCAAUUGUAUAGUGCUCAACAGCGGUGCGAGCGUUGGUUGACAGGGUUCCCCGCCAUCGCACAACACGACGGGAUUGUCAUGAAUAGGAAACGCAAUAACUCACGACGAUCUGAGAACCAUCGAUGCACGAAGGAAAGGGUAACGGAUCAUGGAAGAGCAAGGUGACAUAUUAAAAAAAUCCUUCUCCUUUCUUUUUUUUUUCUUCUUUUCGGUUUGCUGCGGGGACCACACACACACACAUAUACACACAUAUCUAUCUCUAUAUAUAUAUGCCCUACCUACCGCCUACCAGAGAUGUGUACCUAGGAGGGGGGAGGGGAGGGAGAUUUGUGUUGGCGGGCUGA